AUGCUCCUGGCCUGUGGGCCCCACCUCACUGCUUCCGCUGCUACUGCUACUCUCUGUGUUGCACGCCCCGUGGCGUGCAACGGAUUUUUCAUCCCGCCACGCGCUCGGAGCGUGCGGCGGUUUUCUGCCCGCCGUGCGCCCCGAGGCGCGCGGCGGUUUUCUGCCCGCCGUGCGCCCCGAGGCGCGCGGCGGUUCUCUGCCCGCCGUGCGCCCCGAGGCGCGCGGCGGGUUUCUGCCCCGUCACGCAGCGCGUCGCUCCCGGGAGGCGCUGCGACGGGCGACGGGGACCCGCGCGUCGCCCCCCGUCACCCGUCGUGGCCUGUGCGCGGCCCGUACAGCCUGCGCGCGGCCCGUAUGGGCUGCGCCAGGCCCGCGUGCGGCCAGUACGGGCUGCGCCAGGCCCGCGCGCGGCUCGGGCCGCCUGCGCGCGGUUCGGGCGGCUGUGCCAGGCCCGUGGGCGGCCCGUUCUUCGCUGCCCCUGCGCUGCCCGCUGUCCCCCUGCUGCAGCUGCCGCUGAGGGGGGUGGACCUGUUGGAGCCGUCGGAGUGGUACUAA